CACACCUUUCUUUUGGGUUAUCUUCGGUCGUCCGACGUCGGUGAAUGAAGCGCUGUGGGAGCUGGAAAUCGAAGGUUACAUGUUCUGUUCAGCUGCAUUUGCUUGUGUUCGGAAAGGGUUCAGUCUUUCAGAUCUGAAGCCAUAUUUUCAGGUUUUUGGGAGCUUUUCGAAUUCGAACUCGGUCAUUGCUCACUGACUGCCAUCUGGCUAACCUAUAAGUUCUCGCUAUCCUGCUGACCGUGUUUUGCCCCCAUUUGAGCCAAAAUGAUGCAUAGGCCUCCUCCUGAAGAUUUCUCUCUGAAGGAGACCAAACCCCAUCUCGGCAGUGGGAAGGUCUCCGGCGACAAGCUCACGAGCACCUAUGACCUCGUCGAGCAAAUGCAGUACCUCUAUGUCCGCGUCGUUAAGGCCAAGGAGUUGCCUGCAAAAGACGUCACCGGGAGUUGCGAUCCUUAUGUUGAAGUCAAGCUCGGGAACUACAAGGGCACGACCCGGCACUUUGAGAAGAAAUCGAAUCCCGAGUGGAAUCAGGUUUUCGCUUUCUCAAAGGAUCGGCUUCAGGCCUCGGUGCUGGAGAUCACUGUCAAGGAUAAGGAUUUCGUGAAAGACGAUUUCAUGGGUCGAGUGCUGUUUGACUUGAACGAGGUCCCGAAGCGGGUUCCGCCGGAUAGUCCUCUAGCGCCGCAGUGGUACAGGUUGGAGGACAGAAGGGGGGAUAAGGUGAAGGGAGAGAUCAUGUUGGCUGUUUGGAUGGGCACUCAAGCUGAUGAAGCGUUCCCAGAAGCGUGGCAUUCUGAUGCAGCUACGGUUAGUGGAACCGAUGCUCUUGCAAAUAUCCGUUCAAAGGUAUAUCUUUCCCCUAAGCUCUGGUAUUUGAGGGUUAAUGUUAUCGAAGCUCAGGAUCUCCAGCCUGGCGACAAGGGUCGAUACCCGGAGGUUUAUGUCAAGGCUAUCCUUGGAAAUCAGGCUUUGAGAACUAAAAUUUCUCUGAGCAGGAGUAUAAACCCGAUGUGGAAUGAGGAUUUGAUGUUUGUCGCGGCCGAACCGUUUGAGGAACCCCUGAUUUUGAGUGUGGAAGAUCGAGUUGCUCCCAACAAGGAUGAGGUGUUGGGACGCUGUGCAAUCCCACUGCAGUAUGUGGACCGGAGAUUGGAUCACAAACCUGUGAACACAAGGUGGCACAAUCUUGAGAAGCAUGUCAUUGUAGAGGGAGAGAAAAAGAAAGACACUAAGUUUGCAAGCAGGAUUCACAUGAGGAUAUGCUUGGAGGGUGGUUAUCACGUUUUGGAUGAGUCGACGCACUACAGUAGCGAUCUUCGACCCACUGCGAAACAACUGUGGAAGUCGAGCAUUGGAAUAUUGGAGCUAGGAAUUCUGAGCGCUCAGGGGCUGUUGCCAAUGAAGACCAAAGAUGGACGGGGAACGACUGAUGCUUAUUGUGUGGCAAAAUAUGGGCAGAAGUGGGUCAGGACAAGAACCAUCAUAGACAGCUUUAUGCCUAAGUGGAAUGAGCAAUACACUUGGGAGGUUGCUGAUCCCUGCACCGUCGUCACAAUUGGCGUAUUCGAUAACUGCCAUUUGCAUGGAGGGGAUAAGAAUGGGCCUGCAAAGGAUUCGAGGAUCGGCAAGGUGAGGAUUCGUCUCUCUACCCUUGAAACUGAUAAAAUAUAUACCCAUUCGUAUCCACUCCUCGUUCUGCACCCAAAUGGAGUGAAGAAGAUGGGCGAAAUCCAUCUAGCCGUGAGAUUCACUUGCUCUUCUUUGCUCAACAUGAUGCACAUGUACUCACAGCCCCUGUUGCCCAAAAUGCACUAUAUUUAUCCAUUAACCGUGAGUCAGCUAGAUAGCUUGAGGCACCAGGCCACUCAGAUCGUGUCAAUGAGGCUGAGCCGGGCGGAGCCGCCACUGAGGAAGGAGGUCGUGGAAUACAUGCUUGAUGUGGGUUCGCACAUGUGGAGCAUGAGGCGAAGCAAGGCCAACUUUUUCAGAAUCAUGGGGGUCUUGAGCGGUCUAAUUGCUGUGGGAAAAUGGUUUGAUCAGAUAUGCAAUUGGAAAAACCCGAUAACAACCGUGCUGAUCCACAUCCUGUUCAUCAUACUAGUUAUAUACCCCGAGCUCAUCCUGCCCACGAUUUUCCUCUACCUCUUCAUGAUUGGAGUGUGGUACUACAGAUGGAGGCCCAGACAUCCACCUCACAUGGACACCCGCCUCUCGCAUGCGGAUUCUGCGCAUCCCGAUGAGCUUGACGAAGAAUUCGACACUUUCCCCACUUCCCGACCUUCUGAUAUCGUGAGGAUGAGAUAUGAUCGGCUGAGGAGCAUUGCUGGGAGGAUCCAGACAGUCGUUGGGGACUUGGCUACUCAGGGAGAGAGGCUCCAAUCCUUGCUCAGCUGGCGCGAUCCAAGGGCAACUGCUCUGUUUGUCAUAUUCUGUUUGAUCGCUGCCAUCGUUCUGUAUGUCACUCCUUUCCAAGUCGUGGCUCUCCUCACGGGAUUCUACGUGUUGAGGCACCCGAGGUUCCGGCACAAGCUUCCUUCUGUGCCACUCAACUUCUUCAGGAGGCUACCGGCGAGAACUGACUGUAUGUUGUGAGAACACCGUCUGUGUGUGUCGACCUUCUCGUGAUGCGGCAGGAGUUUCCGGCACGGGUUAAGCUUUCUUGCUUUCCUUCUUUGGCGGCCGAAUGUGGUAAUGUUAUAAAUGGGUGACCUUCUCCCGAAGGUGGUUAGAUUUUGCGAAUUUUCCUUUCUAAAUUUAUGUUCUUUUCACGGAAAGAACCGACUGUCCCGUUGAUAGAUUUCAUGUUCUCUGUGUGUAAUUUUGUAGGUUUUCCUACGUUGUUAAAUCUCUUAGAUCUGUUUGGUUCAAA